AUGAAUCCAAUAAAUCCAAACACUUUAUUUGGUGGUAGAUGGUAUGAAAUAGUUGACAGUUUUCCAUUCUACACUAAUACGCAGUCAAUGAAGAUGGGAGGUUCAAAGAAAAUAGGUAUUGAAAACCUUCCUUCACAUAUGCAUAGGUUCAGUGGAAGAACAUCUGUGGAAGGAAACCAUUCACAUUCAAUAACAAAAAGAGGUUAUACAAAUCUUGCAGCGGGUUCGGAUAGACAGGGAAUGCAUAGAUAUGAUAUCACAACUGACCCAGUAGAUUCAAGCACAGGUAUUUUCUGUGGAACUGCAGGAAAUCAUACACAUGUUGUAGCUGGUAUUACAGACCCAGCAGGUAAUGGAAAAGAUUAUAUGCCUCCUUAUAUAACAAUACACGCUUGGAUACGAGUUGGUUAA